AUGGACCACAGACCCACGCUUGGCCUGGUUUUGCUGCUGCUAGGCCUAUCCCUGGCCCGCGGAAAUGAUGCACAGAUUGAUAAGACAGACAAUUCAUCCAUCACUUCAAUGAUCCUGAAUUCAAACAAUGGAACCAAUGAGCUGCUGCUCGAAGGAGACAUUCUGCUACCUAAAACCAGAAAUGCCAUGAAAUGCUAUAAAAACAAUGGCCGCUGUGUCUGGAUGAAGUCAGCCGACCACUUGGUGUAUGUCCCGUAUGUCAUCAGCAAUGAAUAUUCUAGCGAUCAGGUGGAGACGAUUAAUAAGGCCAUGAAGUCCUUCAGUGGCAAGACCUGCAUUCGCUUCAUCCCGCGAACACAGCAGACUGCCUACCUUCAAAUUGAGAGCAGGGGUGGGUGUUUUUCCAGCAUGGGGAGAGUUGGGGAGAAGCAGAUAUUGUCUCUUGCGGCAUUUAGCUGUAUUCAACAUGGUAUCAUCCAGCACGAGCUUCUCCAUGCUCUGGGUUUCUAUCAUGAGCACACUAGGAGCGACCGCGACCAGUACGUCAGGAUCAACUGGAAUUAUGUUGCGGACUACGCUACUGACAAUUUCCAGAUGCAGGACAACAACAACCUGAACAUUCCGUACGACUAUAGCUCUGUUAUGCACUAUGAUAAAAAGGCUUUCAGUAAUGACCUGUCAAAGGAAACCAUCACUCCCAUCCCAGACGAGUCUGUGAAAAUCGGACAAAGAAGAGAAAUGUCCGAUAUUGAUAUCCUGAGGGUCAACAAGCUCUACAAAUGCUAA